AUGGAUUGGGAGGGACCACUCUGUCGGUGUAGUGUUCACUGUGAGGGAGAAUGCUCUUACCAGGGACACUGCUCUGGGAAUUGUUCUGAGGGAUGGUUCGGCUCUAGCUGCCAUCAGAAAUGUUCUUCCCAUUGCAAGCGAUGUGAGGAGUCGCCAUACAACUGUACAGAAUGUUAUCAUGGAUACCCUCCCCUUUGCUCGAGCGAGAAGCUGUAUAUUUCUGAAGAAACAAUGACCAUGAUGAUGGCAGGAGGAGGGAUAAUCCUUGUACUGGUGCUCAUAACCAUCUGUAUCAUCAUCAUAAUCAGAAAACUGUGUCAAUCUUCCAAUCAAGGAGACACAUAUGGUUUCAUUGAGACUCAAGAUAUAGAAUUGGAACCGAUGUCACAGACCAAUCCCUACGCCGACCUGGAAUCAGCCCAGUACAUAAAUGAUUCCAACAGAAUGACAGUAGAUGAAUUCAUACUAAAUGUACAUCAUAAGAAACUUAAUCAUGCAUUUCGAAGAGAAUUCAAGAAAAUUCCAUACCGAAUGAACGAGUCAUAUUAUGCAGCUAUUGAUCCGAAGAAUAAAUCUAGAAAUAGAUAUAAAAAAGUAUAUCCAUAUGAUUCCAGUCGUGUGGUCCUUGAUACUUCCGAUUUUCCAGGAAGUUCUGAUUACAUUAAUGCCUGUUUUGUACAUGGUUUUCACAAACAACGGGCAUACAUAGCUUCACAAGGUCCGUUUACUGAGGAGACAGUUUUAGAUUUUUGGAGGAUGGUGUGGCAGAUGAGAAGUGUGAAGAUCGUCAUGUUAACAAAUCUUACAGAAGAAGGAAAUAUGAAAUGUUUAAAAUAUUGGCCAAAUACCGAGGCUUUAAUAGGACCUUUCCUGAUCAAGACUGAGAGACAAAACACCUGCAGAAGAUACAUAAUAAGACAUAUCAAACUUAAAUUGGGCAUUGAAGAGAGAGUGGUAAAACAAUAUCAGUAUACAGCGUGGUACACAACAAGGGUACCCAAUAACGUCGACUCUCUCCUCCUCUUUAGAAAUCUCGUCAUGAGCGAUGUUUCUGAUGAUGACGGUCCUAUCAUCGUCCAUUGCAGUGCGGGGGUGGGGCGCACGGGGACAUUUAUUGCCCUGGAUUACCUCCUAGAUGAGGGAAUAUCGACUGGUUACCUAGAUGUUGUUGGCUAUAUCCAGAUAUUGAGGCAGCAGCGGGCCUAUGCUGUACAAUCUACAGAUGAGUACAUUUUCCUACACGACGCCCUUGUGGAGGGAUUUACGAGUAAGCAUGAGAACAGGUCUAUAGAAAUUGCCGACGAAUUGUGAACAAGUGUUUGCAAAACAAAUGUUAUAUUUCAUAUGCCAUGGAAAAUGCUUUGAGUUAUUCAUUUGUUAUUAAAAUUUCAAUCAAACUUUAUCAUGCGAUGUUUAAUAUUUAUUUUAAGUUUAAUAUUUAAAGUUCUGCUAUGACUAAGACAU